AUGUGCUGCCACGCAACUGAUGACUUUCAAUUGGACACUUUGUGUGAGGCGGGUGACUGGGUAUGGACCGCCGCUUCCAGUUGUGCUUGUCGCAACAGAUUACGUUGUUUUUGUCUCUGGGAAAAUUCACCUCGGCUGUACCACUUUUUUUGCUUUGUCAUUGACGAAGCCGCAGACCUGACAACCGCGGGCGUUGCAAUGCGGCCACAAGUUGCUGCGACACCGCAGUGCGAUCCAAAGUUUACGCGCUCCAACGCCGAUGUUUUGCCUGGCGUCACGGGUGUGACGAUGCGGCUCAACAGUCCAUUGAGGCUUUUUUGGUGA